AUGACUAAAAACGCGCCCCGCGCUCUCGGCGAUUUACAUCUGAAGAAGCCGCGGGUAAACCGUCUGGCGGGUCACGACCUUUCAGAUCUUGCGGGAGUUGAAACUGGCCUUGCUCCAGGAAGGUCUGCAAAACAUGACCUUGUCUCUAACAAAGCACAUUUCGCCGUACGGACUCUCAAAGGCCAGUCCCUGGUCCUGCUGGCAUCUGAUGGUGUGGGCGGAACAAAUGAAGCCGAAGACGCCACACGGUUAGCUGUAGACUGGUGGCAGCAGGGCAACGACGCCAAGGAAAUCGCGGACAAGUUGACGCAAAGAGAAGGCAAAUCAAAGGGUGCAGACAACUGCACGGUUCUAGUCGUGGUCCUUGACACAGAGAGCAAGGGGCGGCGGAGUGUGGAUAGCGGCAGAAGAAGCUUCGAUGUCUCAAGCGAUGGAAGUGGUUCGAGGAGAAGGCGACGAUCGAGCAUUGCUAGUCUGAAAGACUGGAUACGUGACCUCUAA